ACUCACUGAAACAAAGAAAGAAAGAAUUCAAAGAAAUGUUCUUCUCCUAAACUCUCUUAUUUUCGCUUCUUCAUUAAGCAAAGAAAAGCGGUUUAUAUGUCGACUAGAUUCUCUUUUCCUCUUUUUACACUGAUUUUCUCUCUCCUCGUCUUAUUCUCAUCUGCUUCUUCUCUCUAUCAUACCAACAAUCAAGGAUCAAAAGGGUCUUGUAGCGACUUUGAAUCUCAAGAACAAUCAUCAAUGGCAACUCUUGGUGGAUUACGCGAAUCUCAAGGUGCUUCAAAUGAUGCUGAAAUUGAAAGCCUUGCUCGUUUUGCCGUCGAAGAACACAACAAAAAACAGAAUGCUUUGCUGGAGUUUGCAAGGGUUGUAAAGGCAAAGGAACAAGUGGUUGCGGGUACUUUGCAUCACUUCACCAUUGAAGCUAUCGAAGCGGGCAAGAAGAAAUUGUAUGAUGCAAAGGUGUGGGUGAAGCCAUGGAUGAACUUUAAGGAGCUGCAGGAAUUCAAACACGCUGAUGAUUCCCCUUCAAUCACUCCUUCAGACCUUGGUGCUAUUAAAGGGCAUGCUCCAGGAUGGAAAGAAGUGCCUGUCCAUGACCCUGAAGUGCAAAAUGCUGCAAAUCAUGCUCUUAAGACCAUACAGCAAAGAUCCAACUCUUUAUUCCCUUAUGAAUUGCAAGAAGUUGCUCAUGCAAAAGCUGAGGUUGUGGAAGACACUGCUAAGUUUAACCUACACCUCAAAGUGAAAAGAGGAAACAAGGAGGAGAUUUUCAAUGUCGAGGUGCACAAAAACAAUGAAGGCAACUAUAACCUUAAUCAGAUGAACAGCAUUGAGCCUGAGUUUGAGAAGAAGUAAUUUGGGUGCUGAAAUCCUUGUUUGUAGGAUUUUUCUGACGGUUAGUUGGGGAGUAAGUAGUAAGUAGUAAGUACAGCUGACUUGGUUGUGAGCAUAAUAACCACCUUUACCUUGUGAUAGUUGCACUGUUAUAUCUUUUAUGUUGGAUUUUGCUUGUGUAAAACAGAUUGUUCUCUUGAUCGUUUUUCUUCUGUAAUUGAUAUGAAUGUGGAUGUACUUUAGUUGAGUUUUA